AUGCUCUACUGUUCACGUCACGUGAUAAUUUUGUUUUUGUUUAGAAGGCAGACGACGUCGCGGGACAUAACCAAAAGAGGAAAUUUUUUCCUGAAAUUUUAGUUUGUUUGGCGAUGGCUAUCCCAGGAGCAUUGAUGCUUGUUUCCUAUGCUGUGAGCCUUCUCACGAUUGGAUUAUGUCUUGUCCUGAAAGUUCCACAAAUCAUCAAUCUAUAUCAAGUAAAGAACGCCAAUGCCAUGAGCAUUAAAAGCCUAAUGCUAGAAUUGAUCAGCUAUACAACCAUGACAUGUUACAAUUAUGCCAAUGGAUAUUCUGUUCUAACAUAUCUUGAGUAUCCCAUCAUACUUGCUCAAGAGCUUGUUCUUAUUUACUUGGUGCUCCUGUAUCGACGUCUUCUGAAUCAUCAAAGCUUUAUUUGGACUGUUGUGUAUUUCGCUGUGACAGCUAUGUUCUUGUCCAAAAUAUUGCCUUCUUUCCUUCUCAAUAUUCUAGCACCACUAUGCACCCCCAUUUCUGCAUCAAGCAAAGUAAUUCAACUAAUGGCUAUCGUCCGAUCUGGAUCAUCUAGAGGAAUUAGUGCAACAACAUGGUUUAUUUCAGCUUUUACCAAUAUGUCUCGAGGUUUCACCAUUUAUUUGGAUUCUGCUGAUUCCAUUCUCCUCUGCAACUUUGGAGUCUCUACCCUGCUCAGUGCUGCUGUUUUGUCUGCAACAAUUACAUUUUCCCCUGGCAGUCCAGCAUUGAAGAAGUUCCCCCCACCUGGCUAUGGUCCCACUUAUGUGGCAUAUGCAAGUCAAUUGAUUUCAACCAACAAUGAGGCCAAUGAGAAAGAAAAGGAAAAGGAGCAGAAGGAGGAGUAACUUAACUUAUCUUGUUAUCAAACUAGACUAGAAACUUUAGGAAUGUUUUGAACAUUUAAUGUAUAAUCUUUGUAUUUGUGAUACAUUAAGAAUCCAUGUUCCAGAUAUUCCUUGUUUCUUUUUAAUUUUUCUUGUUGAGUAUUGGUUGUGUUAUGAAUGAAUUCAUCAAAUUGACUAAUGUGAGCUGUGUGAUUUAGUUGUAACUCUACUGUCGAUACUCUACCUGUUUUCAUCUUAUUUCUUGUCUUAUUUAUUUCCGUAUUUAUUUUCUUACAUAUUGUGAGAUUGGCGAAGUACAGUAAGUGUUCAGGCCAGAAUGCAUAUAUUACAAGAAGUUAUUUUUGUUUUACUGGGUUAGUCUCUAGUUGCCUUCAGAGAAUACUUAAUAACUUUUUUGAACUAGUCAUAAUGCGCCAUAAAUGAAGCUUUACUAAUUAGUUAGUACGUGGGUCGGUGAUACGUUGUUCCUUAUUCAUGUGUAUUUUUUUUAUUGUGUGUGUUUUUUGUUGUUUUUUUAGUACCUUUUAAGCCACAGUGAUCAAUUACCAGUUUUAGUCAGGUGUUUUAGACUUAUGGUUCCAGAUAAAGGGUCAGUUAAAUACCUUGAGUUUGAGGUGUAUCGAGUUUUCCUGCCUUCUGAGCAUUAUCUGACUAGUCAAUAAUUUAAAAGUCUCUAGAGACAUUUCUACCAUUAGGAUCAAAUAUCGUACUCUUAACAAUAGUGAAUUAACACGUUGAUUGGGACAGAGCUAUAGUACAAAGUAGUUCAAUCUUUGUAAAACUUUCCUGAAACCAUAGAACUUGGAUGUGCUAAAAAUAUAUUUUUGAAAAAUGUGACUGCAUGUGUGAUCAUGUCACAGUCAAUGUGUUAAUGAAAGUGCCAUAUAAAGUUGAUGGUAAAUAUUUUUUUCACCUACAAAAUGUGGAGUACCUAGUACUAUUUUGGAAUCCCAGCAUAUAUUUUCUAGCUUUGUCUUCUAUUUUCUUCCAUAGUCGUGUAAAAAUAAUCAUCUGUAGGCAAAAAAAUAAUAUUUUUACUUGUUUCUUGAACAAAAAAAAAUUGCCAAAAGAUGCCUAUAGACUGUAUUGUGCCUCUUUGAAAUGCAACCCUUUUCCCCUUGCCUCGCUUCUGUCAUGAAACAAAUUCGCUAUUCAAUCAAUUCAUUGCAUUUCUGUUGUAUCCAUUCCAAGUGAAAUGAGGAAACUGGUUGCACCAACAUGUCAAUUUUCAUAGGCAACAAACCACGCUGAAUGUCGUUCUGUAUGCUGAGAAAAAUAAACUGAAUCCGAAUGCCUG